AUGUGCACUUUCGAGCGGUCGGUGGCGCGGGGCGGACGCCUGCCCGACCAGCUGUGCGCGCCGUGCGGGGCUACAGUGCACGGCGCUGGUGUGACCCGCGCGCCGACGGGCGGCGCCGCGCGUGCUGUGCUGUCGCGGCGAGACAUGGGCGAGUGCCCUGCGUGGAGUGGCGCGGCGGGGGACACCCGCCACGACCCGGACUGCUGCCCCCGACCGGAGCUCAGAGACAAGCCCGACCCGGCCGAGAGCUGCGAACCCGGCGUCCUUGACGGCCCGGCGGCCGACGCGGCGGCGCCCUACGCCGCCGACGACUACGAGCCGCCGCGGCGCUGGCAGGCCGCAGCCCGGAGCCGGCCGCGCGACGAGCGGCGUCGGGUACUGAGGCUCGCCACCGAGAAGCUCGCCGCCAUCGAGGAAAAACGAGGCCGCCUGCUGGAGGCGGACGUGCAGGAGAUGUUCAGUGACAUUUACCACCCGCCGGCGCCGGCGCUGAUCGGGCCGCUCGACGAGGACGACGAGCUGCCCGCCAAGCGUGACGGCGGCGAGUCGCCGACCAAGCGACCGCGGCUCGGCUGGGAGAACGCCGACCCGAACGCCGCGCCGCAGGAGCAGGUGCGGUUCGGCGACGAGCCCCCACUCGGUUGCGCUGCCGCCGCCGGCUUCGCCGACUUCCAGCACGUGUUCCAUCACCUGGUGCCGUCCCUCGAGUCGUAG